AUGUCACAAAGUUACCGCAGAAAAAGGGGCCCCAUCUCCAAGGGCGGAUGCAGUACCUGCAAAUUCCGCCAUGUCAAAUGUGGAGAGGAAAAGCCCGAGUGUGUCCAGUGCACGAGCACCGGUCGCAAGUGCGCUGGCUAUGAGAAUCUCUCGCAGAGCCAACUCCGUCAGAGAGUGACCAGAUCCAAUCUGAGGCCCUCACCGAGCACCGACACGCAGAUAGUUCUCCUCCCUGGCACGCGGGAAGAACGCGAACAUUUCCACCUGUUUUGCACUGAGACGAUCCAGUCGCUGUCUGGCUUCUUUGGGUCCGAGCUCUGGGAAUACUAUCUGCCCCAAAUCAGCCAGUCUGACGGCGCGAUCCGCCAUGCAAUCACCGCCAUUAGUGCUGCCCACCGGCGCCGUCUGCAAUCUCCAACGGGCAGGGAGCCUCCCCAUCCGUUCGAGUUACAGCAGUACAACAAGGCGAUCCACCAUCUCCUCAACCGCCCGUCGGUGUCUUCGGAACACACGCUCCUCGCUUGUAGUUUAUUUGUCUGUCUGGAGUUUCUCAAGCUUAACUUCGAACCGGCCAUGGAACAUGUUGAGGCGGGGCUGCGGAUUCUAUGCCAACGCCAACAACAACAAGCCCCAUCUCAGCUGCCGCCGGACGUAGACCGGGAUCUAUCGCACUUUUUCUCUCGAAUGAACCUCCAAAUAUCCUUCUGGGCACGGCCCUUGAGCCCAUACGAGGCCCCCGUAGAGCCGCGAUCGACUGAGGAAACCGCCUUUACCAGCCUCGCAGAAGCCAGGGCGGUCUUGAACCGGAUCAUGAUUAGUUCCAUGGUCUUGAUCAGGCUGUCCAUGCGCGUGCAACAAAAUGAAUCACUGGUCCCUGAUCAUGAGGCACAUCGUUGCGCGGAAAUGCAACAGCAAUUAGAGCGCCAGUACAAUUCCUGGUGGGUAGCGUUUGAACGGAUGAAGAAGCGAUUGAGCAGGUCCAAGAAGCGGGCUCCGGAUCCACGUGCCGUUCUAGUGAUCCAAGUGCACCACCAGACCCUCCGCUUUUGGACCCUGGGCGUUCAAUCCACAAGUGAGAUGGUGUACGACAAUUUCAACGAUGAGUUCGAAAAGAUUGUUGGAUGGUCAGAGGAAAUCAAGCAGCUCAGCUCCGCAGACCACCAACGUCCAUUCUUGCUGGAAACGGAUAUCGCUCCAGCUCUGUACCUGACCGCAAGGAAGUGUCGACACCCUCUGAUCCGACGCCGCGCAAUCGAGCUGUUGGAGCAGUGUCCAAUACAAGAAGGGUUGUGGAAUACGAAAGAAAACAGUGCCAUUGCUACAUACACCAUGGAGCUUGAGGAGGCUUUCUUGGCCCAUCUCCCCGUUGAGCAGCGGGUCCCCGAGGAGCAACACCGACUGUAUGAAACCAGGACCAUGGAUGUUGGACUCUGUAAUCCAUGUCCAGUUGAAUUUGUAUGGAGAUCCAAGGACGGCACAGGUCUGGAGUUCCGAACCGAGUUCGUGAGCUGGUGACUGGUAGGUACGAUGCUCAGUUUAAGAUGUGUUGUCUUGGCGACGUCCUAUAUUAUAGCAC